GGAAAGGUAACCGAGCUCCUCGAGUCUCUUUGGAUGUUCCUGCUUGGGAAUGUUCACGAUCGCUUCAGUCGGCUCAUCCCCGCAGCCCAAAAGAACAGUUGGGGGCAACGGAGACACCUCGAAUGGCUCCAUUCCGUCUAUAAAGACGCUCAAUUCCCAUCUCUCAAACUUGCUCAUCUUUCAUUCUCACCAUCCAGCCAGCUCCUCAAGCCUUCGGCACUUUCUCAUCUUUUCAAACCACCUCAUACUCUCAAAUACAUCUAGGUAGUAUCUUAACC